CAAAAUAAAAGUAUAUCCUCCAUCGGCGUCGACAGACCAGGAAACGGCGUUUAUUGUGAAAUAUCAACAAUAUAUGUUUCUUUAAAGGUAAUUUGUCUACUCUCUCGAUUUUUGACCAUUUGGACCUUGGUUCGAGAUUGGAAUUAAAAUAUCUAUGUCGGGUAAGACUGCAGGGUUGCGGGGGGUUCUGGAGCCUAUCUUAGCUGCAUUCGGGCGGAAGGCGCGGUAGACCCUGGACAAGUCGCAACUCAUCGCAGAUCCAACACAGAAAAACAGACAACAUUCACACAUUCAUUGCCAAUCCACCUAUCCCCAAGUGCGUGUCUUUGAAGGUGUGAGGAAGCUGGAGUAUCUGGAGGGAACCCACGCACUCACGGAGAGAACAUGCAAACUCCACAAAGAAAGAUCCCGAGCUCAGGAUCGAACCCAUGCAGGACCUUCGUAAUGUGAGGCACCCACAUCACUGAUUAGUGAAGAUGUCCACAUUAGUGGCCUAUGAGGACUCUGAGUCUGAGGAUGAAUCCAACAACCAAAAGGGAUCAGGUUUUGUCCAGGAAAAAUAUUGCAGACAAGAAAAUCAACAAACGAGAGAAUGCCCUGUAUUAGAGGUGUUUCCCAACUCAGAGAGAACAAUGUUGGAUUAUCACCAGCACAUGUUUGAAAAAGACAAUUCCAUUUUACCUAAGACAAAUUGUUCACCUUCAACCCGGCAGAAGACUUUCUUUGGACCGAGAACUCUUCCUUGCACGACGCAAGAUUUUUCUGCCAAUUCCAAAAGACCUGCCACAGUCCCAUCUGGUGUCAGACCCUACGUCCCCAAGAGGCAAAGGCUUGUCAACUCUGCAGGGAAAGAAGAUAAUUUGACAGAAGGGGUCCCCAGCAAAGAUGUCCAAAUUCUCUCUGAAGUGUCUGCGAAGGUGAAGCUGCAUCUUUCCCAAAAGUCUGCUGCUGGGAUACCAAGAAGGCUUCUUCUCAGCCUUGAAGGUCACCAGGGUCCUGUCAACACAGUGCAAUGGUGUCCAGUUCCUCAGAUGAGUCAUCUACUGCUGUCUGCCUCCAUGGACAAGACAUUCAAGGUGUGGGAUGGAGCGGAGAGCGGACAAUGCCUGAAGGUUUACAACGGCCACUCUGGAGCUGUGCGAGAUGCCUGUUGGACCCCCUGCGGGCGACAGCUUCUUACCGGCUCGUUUGACAACACAGCCGUGGUCACAGACGUGGAGACAGGUCAGCAGAUCGUGAGAUCGGAUAACCAGUUCAAGGUGAUGUGUGUGGCCUCGCAUCCCAGCAAUCCGGAGGUGUUCCUGUGCGGAGGUUACAGUUCAGUGGUCAAGGCGUGGGACUCUCGUAGCUGCAAGGUAGUGAAAGCAUACAAAGCGGGGAUCCAGCAGACAUUAGACAUUCUCUUCCUUAGAGGUGGUUUGGACCUUAUCACAAGCUCAGACUGUGUCAGCAGAGACUCUGCAGACCGCACCCUCAUCGCCUGGGACUUCCAGACCACAGCCAAGAUCUCCAACCAGAUCUACCAUGAGAGGUACACCUGCCCCAGCCUGGCUCUUCACCCGCAGGAGGACUCAUUUGUGGCCCAGACCAAUGGCAACUAUAUUGGAGUUUUUUCCUCCCAGCGGCCCUAUAGAAUGAACAAGAGACGCCGCUACGAAGGACACAAGGUGGAAGGAUAUGCAGUGCAGUGUGAAUUUUCUCAGGAUGGAACAAUUUUAGCAUCCGGCAGCUCCACGGGCUUGGCCCACUUCUACGACUACCAUAAUGCCCGCCCACUUACUGCUUUCCAAGCCCACAGCCAACCGUGCCUGUGCGUUUCUCAGCAUUGUGUCCUGCCGGCAACCGCGGCUACUUGCGACUGGGGUGGAGCGAUCAAGGUCUGGCACUGAGGUACUGAAUGGAAAAUUUUAAAUGAUAGGUUGGUGAAGAGACAUUGUGGAAUUGUAUCAUUGGAGUACACAAACACUGUUAGCACUCCUCCAAAUAAUCAUUUAAAAUAAACUAUUAUUUGUA